AUGUUUGGGAUACACACAAAAUCCAUCUACACAAAGCUGCAAUUGCAGAGUGAUCAUCACAGCCACUCACUAACUGCCUCUGAACUCAGCAGAGAGCUACCUGAACUAACCAUUCCAUUGACUAAUUUCGACUGUGCAUGCACAGAUUUUACUCCAACGUCUAGGAACACGCUACCCAAGGGUAAUCUUUUCCUCGAUGUUUCAGGAUGCAUAAUGGACCAUAAGUUUGCUUGA